AGAAGAACUUUAUUAAACUAUCACAUUCACUCCUAAGUUAAGUUACGCUAUAGAAUAGUAAAAAUGACUACUGUAUUCGGAAUUUUAACAACAAUAGUAUGCCUGGUAUUCAUCUUAGACUUGGGGGAUUGUAGGAGUCUAGUUAAAAGGCAAGCAGAUUUGAAACCAAUCGAUCCUCAUGUAUUACAGGAACUAACAAAAAACAGUAUCGUUAGAGACAAGAGAAAAGUAGACGUAGUAACAGGAGUGAAGAACGCAGUAUUAGGAUUCGUAUUCAACAAACUUAACAGCUUCAUCGACCAGAAAACCGCCUGGAUCGAUCAGCUGGACAAGCAGAACAUCGCGAAGAACGCCGCCGCCAACAUAGUGCCCCCAGCGGACCCCAUCACCUCCCUGUCGGCGGUGAUAUCGGGCGCCAUCGGGGAGAAACUCCAAGCCGCCGCUCCUCUGCUCAACAUCGUCACCAGCAAGCUGGGCAGCAUCAGCGGGGGCGGCGGCGGCGGCGGGCACUCGGGCUUCGACCUGGGGGCGCUGGUGAGCAAGGGAUUCGGCAGCAGCAGCGGCGCCAGCAGCGGGGGCGGCCAGCACGCCGGCGUUGGAUCCGGCGGGACUGCUUCUAAAGGAUUCGCCUGGGAAGUACCCAAAUCGACCUCCACAAAACGCCCAACGACUACCGAGGAUGCUGUACAAUUCAAACCGGGCGAACCGGUAUCCCUGGAAAUUCCAGACAAACUGUUCGGAUCUUCCUUCACUCUGGUAACAAAUCUGUCGACGAGAGUAGGCGACUAUGUCAUGAGUUCAGCGGUGAGGGCUCAAAGGCUUUUAGAAUCGAUGAGGCCGUUUCUGAGGGCUAUAUUCGGUGCUGGGGGCAUCGUGAUCGAGGCCACUACUGAUCGACCGAUUUUUUCCGAUCCCAAUUCGGUCUAAAAUCUACUUAUCCCUUUCUCGACUAGUAAUUUAUGUUUUAAUUUAAGCAGAACAAAAAUAUGUAUGUAUGUGUGUACUUCAAACAUUGGUUUUAUUUCAUAUUAAUAAAAAAUAAACGAUUAUUUAUUUAAUUUGGGAAAUAG